UUCGACCAUCUUUCGUCAAAUUUCACUCUCGACAACCUGUUUCAUACUCUCAUCAGACCAGUAUCUUAUCGAGUCGCAUCUCGAUCGUUCAAUCAGCCAGCUUUUCGUCCAAUCUCAAAGCACAGCAUAAUAGCAAGAAUGGCUACAUCCGGCAUUGAUACCAAACGAGCAAAGCUUGAAGGUAACGAACAUAUUGUCACACACAACGGUACCCAUCAUGCAGAUGAAGCUUUGGCAGUUCAUUUGUUGAGAAAGCUACCCCAAUACGCUCAAGCCAAGCUUACGAGAACUCGUGAUCAAUCCAUCAUCGAUUCGGCCACCAUUGUCGUAGACGUUGGAGCACAAUACGAUGCUGCCCGUCAUCGUUAUGAUCAUCAUCAAAGAGGAUUCGAAGAAACAUUUGAUGCCGAUCACAAGAUCAAAUUGAGCAGUGCAGGAUUGGUUUGGAAGCAUUUCGGAAAAGAAAUCGUUGGUGCACAUUUGCAAUUACCUGUUGAAGAUAAACGGGUUGCAUUGUUACACAAGAAACUUUACGAUGACUUUGUUGAAGCAAUUGAUGGUAUCGAUAAUGGAAUUCCACUCUUUCCCGCAUCGGCUGGUCAACCGGCCUAUUCAUCAAAAACAGAUCUUUCCGCUCGUGUGGGAUAUUUGAACCCAGCCUGGAACGAAACCUUGCCGAGUGAUCCUGAAGAACGAGAGGCAGAUUCUAUGCGUAGAUUCGAACGUGCAAGCGCUUUGGCCGGUGGGGAAUUCUUUGAUCGUCUAGACUUCUCUUUCCGAUCUUGGUUGCCUGCUCGGGAUAUCAUUGAGAAAGCCUUGAAGACUCGCAAAGAGGGACCUUCUGCCGAUUCUCAAGGUAGACUUUUGAUCUUUGACGAUUUCGCUUCUUGGAAAAGUCACAUCUUUGACUUGGAAAAAGAUCUCAACAUUCCGGAGAACGAAAAAGUGCUAUACGUCAUCUACCCAGAUGAAUCAGGCAAAUGGCGUAUUCAAUGCGUUCCUGAAUCACCUGAUAGUUUCGUUAGUCGUAAACCACUUCCAGAACCUUGGAGAGGUAUCAGAGAUGCAGAACUAUCGAAAUUGAUAGGAAUUGAAGGAUGUGUCUUUGUUCAUCAAAGUGGCUUCAUCGGUGGUAAUGCAACAAGAGAAGGUGCUCUGAAGAUGGCACACGCCGCUUUAGCAAGCAAUGUGUAAGAUCAUGUAUUACGUUCAACAAAAUGCA